AUGCCCGCUGCCCGUGCUUUUCCUUUGGAAAAACUUAUGAAUUCACUGCAAGAAUAUCAAAGGAAAAGUCUGCAGAAAAUAUUAAUUGAAUACAUAAUGCUUGAUGGUGUGAAUGAUGAAGAGCAGCAUGCACACCUAUUAGGAAAAUUGUUGGAGACAUUUGAAGUGGUAGUGAACUUAAUACCUUUCAACUCCAUUGGUACAUUGAGUCAAUUCAAACCUACUAGUGAGCAGAAAGUGUUCAACUUUCAGAAAAUUUUAAGGGGUACCUAUGAUAUUCGAACAACUGUUCGGAAGCAGAUGGGCGAGGACAUAAGUGGUGUGUGUGGACAGUUGGUGAUUAACGCACCUGAUAAGUCUCUUGGAAAUGUGAAUCCCCUAACGGACAUAGAAGAUCUUGUAAUUUGA